AUUUAUCUAAGCAGAGUGCACAGCGACAGUAGAAGAUGCACAGAGUCAGCCUGCCAGAAUCAGGGAGACAUCCAUGGGAAUUAACAGAAGCUCCAAGCUUACUUAGAUUUUCUGUCUUACUGGGCUUUACAACUAAGACUCUUCAAAUUGAAACUCUGGCAAAAAGGGAAUACAUCAGUGGAAACUCCUGUCAUCACUCAGAGCACAUGUAAGUAUUCAGUUUGCUGUUUUUUUUUAACAAGAAACCCAAUAUAGUUUGUUUAAUUUAAGGUCAAUUCUCUGUGUUGAUAAAGACCAGAUCAGAGACGAUAAACUGAUGAAGGAUUUCAGGUUCUCUUGGUCCAUGACAGGGAAACAUAUGCCUGUCUGAAUCUAUACCAGGAAUAUUGAUUUAUCUCUUAAAAUGUACAGUAUAAUAUAAAUUUGAUACACAGACGGAGCCAGAUGUUCAUUUUACAGCAGUUUGAAAGUUCAUAGGAGAUCAUUAACAGAACCUGGGAAAUCCCUGCUACAAUUCAAUAUUUUGGCAGCUAUGUCAACAAAAAACUUUUGACUCAUCAAUGUGCCGGUGGUUGUAUUUACUGUAUUUCAAUCUACUGCUUUUGCAAGAAUUAAAAAUUAUCUACUUUUGUUUUUCAGAAAAAUCCCGCAGAAUGUUUCCUGAGCUGGAUUACGUCUACCUUAAUGGACUAUGAUCGCACAACACCACUGAGGAUUAAGAGAGACAUCAUCGUAUGAUACUGUCACCUGUCUACUUCACACCAAACUCCAGCCUCAGUCAGCCUCAACCAACUCAAACUCUUCUCCACAAGCAUCUUAUAUCCACAGCCCACUGGGAUCUCUUUUGCAGGAACAGGGAGCUGGAGGUUGAACACAGGGGUCACAAGUCAGGGGUCAGGGGUUUGCUGGGCUGAGGGGCAGAACACAGAUCUCUAUUUCACAUUUCAGUAUGUUGUUCAUUGAUCCCCACUGUAUUUUACGAUAAUGCGCAAAUGGAUGCUGACAUGGAGCCUUCAAAAUCUAAUCUCGGGACUGUACCUGCAUGCAAUCUUCCUGUUUGGCAGUGUGUGUGUGGUCUACAGUGACUGCCCUCCAGAGCAACGUGCUGCCAUUAUGAACUGCUCCAGACAUGAGCGCCACACCAGGAACUAUGACUACAUGGAGGGAGGAGAUGUGCGCAUUCGACAGCUGUACAGUCGCACGCAAUGGUUUCUGACAAUUGAUGACUUUGGCAACAUCAAUGGGACUCAAGACAAAACCAACUGCCACAGUAAGGAUGACUCUUUCUGUCUUACCAUACUCCAGAUGGUUUAACUAUGAGCUCAUCUGCAUGUGUUAAAAUGAAAAGAGAAGUCAUUUAUCUGUUACCAAAUAUUUCGGGAAUUCAUACAGAGACACUUUCCUGUUGUUAUUCUGCAGUGUUUGUGAAGUUCCUACUCAGUCAGUGGUUGUUUGUCAAUGUGACAAAAAGCACAUGGAAGGUGUCCCUGUACAACUGCUCUUCACAGUGUAAUCAAGGUGCUAAUGGGUCAUGUGUCUCUGUCAGAGUGGGCUAAGUGACAGCGCUAAAGUGAAGCAGGUGAAGGCUUUGGCUUGUUAACCAUAACACCAUCUAAACACAGGCAGUAAUUAAGUAAUCUGAUGCAUCUCAGAGACGAAUUGGUGCCAGAUCUCUAUGACCGCAAACUCACAAUGGCACAGACCGGUAGUAUUAUGGCCUGAUUUUAACUCUUAGAUAUAAGAUAUUAGGACCAAGAAUUUGCAAAAUCUUGGAAAUGGAAAAAAUGUUACUGAUACUCUGGUGAGGGACAUUUUACGUAGACACAGCCACAAUACUGUGCAGUCCAAAACCACUAAUUCAUAAAACUGAGAGAAACUACUAUAACUUCCUGGCUUGUUAUGGCAAUUUUACUGAGUCAACAGUAAAUAUUAUUGCUACAAUACAGCCAAUAUUUCUAAAAUUCAUGUUUAUAGGACUACUGAAUAUCUCUGUCAUGGUGAGGAUGUUUAGACCGGUUAUCAUUUCCUCCUAUCGGGCAAUGUGGCUGUGGCUGGAAUGUGAGCUUAACAGGGAAACGCAUCAAAGUUGAUGGGAAAGAUGCUUGUGCAAUCACUGGCAAUGAAAGAUGGGAAAGCACACAGCAGUAUGACUAAUAAGCCUUUAAACACACUGGCUUCCUGCAUAUGUAUGUCUAUAAAUUCAGUGAGUGCAGAGAACAAACCGUUCUGAAAAAGGUUAUUGUAUGAUACAUAUUUCUUUCUUUUUUUUCCACAAACAGAGAGAGAGCAAAAGAGGAGACCAAAAUGAGAAACUUUGAGCUGCAUUAUUUUUGGCUUCCACAUUCCUUGUGCCUCUGAAACAAAAAUAUAGGCUUCCUUCCCAGCACACUCAUGUCUUGCAUCAAACAUUUCUUCUCUUAUUUUAUUUCAUUUAAAAGUAUUUCUUGGAUCACCAGUGUCUGCCAACCUGGGUUUGUUUUGUCUUUAGAGAACUAAAAUAUCUUAUUCCGGUAUUCGAGGUAUUGCAGUUUGGUUUACUUUCUGAUAGAGUGCUAGACAUGUAAACAAACCCUCAAAGUACACCAUGAAAGAUAACAGAUUCACUUCUGACAAAGUAGUAAAAGAUAAUUACUUACAUGUGUCGUCGGUUUGUGUGACAGACCAUGGCAUGGCUUUAUUUCAGCGGAACCAGAAUGUGAUAAUUAUAUCAAUUAAAAGUUGUGUUUAGCCACUUGAAAGCACAAAUAAACAACUUCCUAGUGGUUUGUCAACAAAUUAGGAACCAAAGCCCGACAACUGGAAAACAGGGACUUUAAAACAUUGGUAUAGUACAAGUGGGUACUUAUACCUUUUUAAUGGCUUGGAUGUCUUUUCAUCCCCUGUCUUCCCUCUUUGACAGGCAGCUUCCCAAACCCUGUGUUAAAUGAUCUCUGUGUAAAAUCUGCUUGCCCUCCUGUUAUUGUCAGAGUUGCAUUCUGCCAGUGUGAUUCUUUGAUUUGUGUAACUUAUAUAUCAUAUUGUGUGUUUUCCAUUGUUGUUCUCCCACCUUAUUGAGUAUAUGGAGAUCUUCUAGGUUAUUUGAACCUGAGAUAAACUCGAGUGACACUGAGAAAAGUUUCCACCUUCUAAGUCUCUGACUGAGACAUAAUAGAGCUGGUGUCAGAUUCAGCCAAAUAUAAAAUAUUGACUGUUUUUAUCCCUGCAUUUAAAUUCACUGUUGAUCGAUAAAUGCGAAAGUUGAUUCCAUGUCAUCCAGUUCAGAUGUGUUUUGUUCAAGCGUAGACAUGUUACAUUUGACUUUAAAGACGGGGCGACUAGAAAAUCCCUACAUGAAUUUGCACGAAAUUAAACAUUGUCAGAGGAAAAGAGAGUUCAUAUUUAUACUUAUCUAUUCUACCGUUCAUGACGCAGUAUUCCUGGAAGGCCGUCUGACACAUGCUUUCCACUGAAGAUAAACAUUAGUUUCACAAUCAAAAAGCAGGAUUAGGGAUUACCCUUACAAAGUUUACUUAACCAAGGGCUGGAUCAGGGAGUGAUAACAAAUCUCUUCAAGCUGAGGUUAGUCUAAGAGGCCAACCACAUCACAGCCAAAUGUUUACAACUAAUGUAUAUGUGAAUGCUUAAGUGUAUGUGUGAUGUGAAAUGUAAUCCAUCUUUCCCAGGUAGGCCUUAAAUCCAGAUGUUGCAUGUAACAUCGUAUGGCUUUAAACAUCACUGUAACACAAAAAUUAAUGAUACAAACCUAGGACUAGGAGUAGUGAACAUGCGCCUACAGGUGGUACAAGUGUAUGAUGUGAAGAAAUUGUCAAAAUAACUCUAAAUGUAAAGAGUUUGUGCAUGUAGUGAAGCUGUAAAAGUUUCAAUUUGAUCUUUGACAUUUCCUCCUCUUUGAAGUCAUAAUAAAUAAUAUCAAGCAGGGUAAUAGAAAGCAGGGGUAACACACAGUCAAAGGGCAGUAAUAUUAAGUUAAAUAUCAAGUGCAAGCAGAGCACAAACAACAUUCCAAGAUUGGGAGACUGCCAUCUGUUUGUAAUCAAAUACCAAAAGUACCGCACGCUCAAUGUCAGUCUGAAGAGCUUUAAUAGAGUUCUUCCCUUUUUCUCUGCCUGUCACACAGCAUAAUUCAUGCAGUAUGUAAAAAUGAAAGAUAAGGAUAUGGUACAACAUUAGAACCUAAUAUCUCUACCAUUUUUUGUCUCUAUAUGUAUACAUUUGUGUUAGUUCUAUGGUUCUAUGUUUUUGAUUUCCUAGUUAAUGUUAUAGAUUCCCAGACGAAAGAAUUACAGCAUAAAUCAUAUUUAUGAUCUGUGACCUGCAUCAGUUUGAUUAUAUGAACAAAAUGCAUUUUAACUCAACAGUCUUUGAAGAAAAGUUAUAGGCACCUAGAGUGUCAAAGGAACUGAAAACGUGUAUAAAUACCUGUUAUCGCUACAGAAAAUAGUCUUGAUUUCUCCUAGUAGAUUUAUAAAUGCUAUAGUAAAACAAUCAGCCAUUGAAUAUUUAAAGAUAUGACUAAGUGGAGUAUUUCAAAAAGGCACAAAGAUCCAAACAACAACAAAAAAAUACUGCUCCUACUCUCCCACAGAUUUGAAGAGCAGGCUCAAAACGUAGCGUGCAAAGCCCAUGCAAGGAGGCAGUUUUCUCAAUCCCAGGAGAGAGAGGCCUAAUCUGUCUCCCACAUGUGCUAUGGCAUAGGUUGUGGUUUGUGUAAUGGCCACCCAGGCCAGUUAACAAGACUUGAAUAAAGCCAGAGAGACCACAGACUGAUUAAUCACAGGAACUUCCAUCCCAUUUGUUAAUGAAGAUGAAUGUUGAUCGCGGAGUGGAGCUGGGGUGAAGACUGGAUGUCAAUAGAGUCUUGUCUGUCCCACAAUAUGUCUUACCUGUCUGUCUGACUGUGUGGCAGGUAUCCUGGAGAUCAGGACAGUGUCUGAGGGGGGCAUCCUGGCCAUUAAAGGAGUGAAGAGUCAGUAUUAUAUCUCCAUGAACAAGGCUGGACAGCUGCAAGGAAAGGUAAUAUUUUCCUCAGUGAGAAAAGUCAUGCACUGUUUUCACUUUAAGCACUCAAGCUGAAAAAAAACAAUAUUUGCCAAACAUCCAAUUUGAAAAAUAUAGACAAAAGCUCAUAAUGAGGAUAAAUGAAGGUCGUAUUGUAUUAAUUAAGUGAUAUUUAUCUUUUUCUUUCCAGAGGAACUACAAUGAAAACUGCAACUUCAAGGAAGUUUUUCUAGAAAACUACUUCAAUGCCUACUCCUCUGCAAAGUGGACUAAAAACGGCAAAGAAAUGUUUAUUGCCCUUUCUCAGAAGGGAAGGCCGAUGCGAGGGAAGAAGACACGCAGGGAGCAUGUAGCAUCUCACUUUAUCCCCAUAAAGUGUAGAGAAGAGGAAAGGAGGGUCGACUGAAGAAGGGGGCUACUAAUUGCAAACUGUAUAUUAUUUCAAUCACAUAUUAUAUAUCAGUUUACACAUAUAAACUCUUUACCAACACCACACUCCAAUCUCCUCCAGUCUGAUUUCUUAUAUAACUUUUUAUUGUUUUCAUUUGAACUCAACCGUUAUCAGAUGGGCAUGUUGAAGUAUUCCAAACAGAUACGAGAAAAUGGUGAGAUAUUUGAAAGAAUUGGAUACAACAACUAUAAAACCACUAAAUGUUAUUGUUGUUUUGAGUAUUAUAUUAUAUUUCCUUAAAAAACAUUUAAGUAUUUUCUUAUAAAACAGUAAAAGUGUUCUACCCACAGUCAGGACUACAUCCUUAUCCAAAGAUUUACACCCUGCUGAAAGAGAAGAGCUGUGAUGAUCAGCAGGACGGUUCAGAGGAGAGAACUGGCUCGACCACGUUGUCCUGAAGCAAGCUGGACUUGUGUUUUUCAUGAUACAAGAGCUCAGAGCGCACAGAACGAAAGCAAGGUGUAUCAAACUAGUACUUUCAGUCAAGUUACUAUGUAUAUUUAGGACAAUCAGUGUGUGACUGAUAUGUUUACUCUGGUAAAAUGCAUUUUAGCUGUUUACUGAUUCCCUCUUUAUUAUCAAAGUGUGAUUCUGAAAUGCUAAAAUAUGCUGCUGCUGAAGAAGAAAUAACCACAUUAAAAUACAAAGUGAACAACUUAAA